AUGUAUAUCGAUUUCUCAUCUUUACUAACUCCUCUUACCUUCUUCAUAUUUCUUGCAGCCUUCUUCAAAGUUAUCCUCCGGUCGAAACCCGACGAGAACUCGAAUCUCCCACCGGGGCCAAGAAAGUUGCCGUUGAUCGGGAACUUGAACCAUCUCCUCACUAGUUCCGGUUCGACCCAUCAAGUAUUAAGUGACUUGGCCGCGAAACAUGGACCGGUGAUGCACUUGCAGCUCGGCCAAGUUAGCACCAUUGUUAUCUCCUCGGCCGAGGCAGCGCAAGAAGUCCUGAAGACACACGACAUCAUCUUUGCGAAUAGACCGUGGCUCGUCAGCACAUCGCUUAUAUUCUACAAGCAAAAGGAUAUAGCAUUCUCCUCAUACGGUGAAUACUGGAGACAGUUGCGGAAAAUCUGCACAAUGGAGCUACUGAGCCCGAAACGAGUUCUAUCGUUUCAACCUUUAAGGGAAAAGGCAAUUUCGAGUAUGUGCAAAUGGAUAGCUUCUAAAGAAGGGGAAUCGAUCAAUUUGACAGAGAAGAUGUAUUCGGCGAUAUGUAAUGUUCUAAUGCAGGCGACGUUUGGGAGUAUGACGAAAGAACUAUCCGCCUACAUUGCUCGAAUCCAAGACAUUAAUGACCUUGCCUCGGAAUUCUCUUUGGAAGAUUUUUAUCCUUCGAUGAGAUUGUUUCGACUAUUCAGUACAAUGAGAAGCAGGGCAAAUAGGUUGCACAAAAUUAUCGAUACAAUCCUUGAAAAUAUCAUCAAUGAGCACAAAGCAGCUAAUCUUGAAAGCAAACAACGACAAGAAGAUCUAGUCGAUGUUCUCCUCAAGUUCAACGAAGAAGGACACGAACACCAUUUGACUAUCGAGAGCGUAAAAGCUGUGCUGCAGGAUAUGAUCACCGGAGGAUUUGAUUCAUCUGCCGCAACUACAGAUUGGGCCAUGGCAGAGAUGCUGAAACACCCGACCGUUCUUAAGAAGGCGCAAGAUGAGGUGAGACACGUAUUCAACAAUAAGGGACUAUUCCACGAGUCUUUCUUUAAUGAGCUAAAGUACCUAAAGUUAGUCAUUAAAGAGACUCUAAGGUUGCACCCUGCCGGGCCGUUGCUCCUUCCUCGACAGAGCUCCAAGCCGUGCGAAAUCCACGGAUACAAAAUACCUUCAAACACAAGGGUCCUUGUGAAUGCUUGGUCUAUUGGAAGAAAUCCGAAAUACUGGAAUGAAGCGGAUAGUUUUAUUCCGGAGAGAUUUCUUGAUAAUCAAGUCGAUUACAAGACAAACAACUUCGAAUUCAUCCCUUUCGGCGCCGGAAGAAGGAUUUGCCCGGGAAUAGCAUUCGGCCUCGCCAACGUCGAGCUCCCGUUGGCGAUGCUUCUCUAUCACUUCGAUUGGGUUUUGGCCGAUGGAAUGAAGCCUGAAAAUUUGGACAUGGAGGAUGUAUCAGGUCUUGUAGCAAGAAGGAAAAAUCCAUUGCACGUUAUCCCCAUGGUCAGGAAUCCUUUGCCUGUUGAAUAAGGAUCGAUAUGUAAUUCGAAGUUAUUGCUUUCGAUAAUGAGCUUUUAUUUUCAUGGUUAAAUAUGUAUUGCUCUCUGUUUCUUAUU